AAAAAAUGCACACCGGGUAGAGGUAACCAUUGUAGGUCAGUGCAUGUGGAGCAGCGCCACGGGAGAGCUGUCAGGUGGCGUCAGGACACCAUGACAUUUGCAACGGUGAUCAGCAGGACACGCGACGAGUUGUAGUCCGUUUAUGAAACGGGAGCAAUUUCUAAAUAUUGAAAGAGGCGCUUUUGAUCACAUGCUGUUGUGUGCGUACGCGGCGGAGCUCGGUGCGAAGAUGGCGGACGAAGAGGCCGAACAGGACUGCAGCGGACAGAGCGGCUGUAGUGCAGUGAUAGAGGAGCUCCGAGAACGCUUACAGGAACUCUCGGCUGCGUUGAAGGACAGUGUGGAUUCUCCUGUGCAGUCUGCAACGCUGUACUGCCAAGCAUUUUGCCAGACACUGGUGGAAUAUGCCGGCCGCUGGAGAAUCGAGGAGAACCCACUGCCUCUGGUGGAGGUCUACUCUGUAGCUCUGCUAAGCUACGCCCACGCCUCCGCCUUCCUCUCCACCCAGUGUGAGAGCGUGUCCUUAGUGCCCGAGAGGCUCUCGCUGAGCUAUCUGGAGCUUCUGUUAUCACUACCAGACAAUGUUCCACAAUCCCUCUGGCAGGGGUUCCAACACUCGGUGCAGUCAGCCCAUGACCUGCUGCAGAAAAGUGGCAUCUUCCAAUUGCACAUGCUCUCCUGCCUGUCCCAGGAGACUGGGGUAUGGAGCAACUACACACUACAGGGCAUCCUCUCCAACGAGGCGCCGCAAACCGACAGAGUUCAUGCAUUCCUGACCCUGGAGGGACCCACUCUCUUGGGCAUGAGGAUAAAGCAUCUCAUCAAAGAGAACCAGCGGAGCAAGGCAGCCCUGUUGGCAAAGGCCUGUUCAGAGUUUCCAGAGUUUGAAGGCAAAGGGCACUUUAAACAGAUGUACCUUGUCAGCCUCUCCAGUGUCGCAGAACAGGAGCCCUUGAUGGAGGAGAUUUCAAAGGUGGACUGUCGGGAUGCCUUGGAGAUGAUUUGUAAUUUGGAGUCCGACGGAGACGAGAAGGGGGCCUUUACGCUGUGCUCUGCCUUCCUGACGUGCCAGCUCCUCCAGGGGGAGACAUACUGUGCAUGGGAACUCACUCUGUUUUGGAGUAAACUUUUGAAGCGACUCGAAUCCUCAGAACAGGGUUUCUUAGACCGAUGUCGCCAGAUGUCGAAGUUAUCCAAAACAGUUUUCCACAUCCUUUUUUUCAUCAAGGUCAUCCAGUCAGAGGUUGAUGAUGUUGGUCUGCUAGUGUGCAUUGAAAUGUGCAUAAGGGCGCUCCAGAUGGAAUCUGUAGAUGGGAAGACGAAGGCCACCAUUUGCAAAACCAUCUCGUGUCUGCUGCCGACAGAUCUGGAGGUUAAACGGGCCUGCCAGCUUACUGAAUUCCUGCUUGAGCCUACAGUGGACUCCUACUACGCCGUGGAGACUCUUUACAACGAACCCGAUCAGAAACUAGAGGAGGAGAACCUGCCUGUUCCCAACUCCCUCCGAUGUGAGCUGCUGUUGGUCUUCAAAACCCAGUGGCCUUUUGACCCAGAAUUCUGGGAUUGGAAGACGCUGAAACGCAAUUGUCUUGCUCUAAUGGGUGAGGAAGCGUCUAUCGUGUCAUCCAUUGAUGAACUUAAUGAUGAUGAGGAACCUGCCGUUGAGGAUGACAAAGAUCACGAAGAAUUCAAAGAUGUCACUGAAUGCUUUUUGGACACUACAAAUGAACUGAAGGAAAUGACUGAUGAGAAACAGAAGAAAAGAGAAAUAAAAAAACUGAGAGAGAAGGGUUUUGUCUCUGCCAGGUUUAGAAACUGGCAGGCCUACAUGCAGUACUGUCUUUUGUGUGACAAGGAAUUUCUCGGACAUAGGAUCGUACGGCAUGCACAGACUCAUUUCAAAGAUGGACAGUACAGCUGCCCAAUAUGUGCACAGACUUUUGACACUAAAGAGACACUGGAACCACACGUAGCAUCGCAUGUGAAACAGUCAUGUAAAGAACGUCUAGCUGCAAUGAAAACCACUAGAAAACUGGCCAAGUCAAAAACAUCUUCACCAGCAGUGGCAGCUCUGAAAUCUAAAACAGGUGAAAAUCAGGAACGUAAAGUGAAGGUAAAGCACAGUGUAAAUGGCGAGUCCCUUGGACCAUACUUUGGGGAUGCUAUGGACAUGGGGGAAAAUGGGAGUGCAGCAGAAUCUGCUGAGGAAAAUGUGUGUCCUGUGCCAAACUGCAGAAAAGGAUUCAAGUACUUCAAAAACUUGCUUAUUCAUGUUAAGGACCACGGAGACAAUGACGAGGCAAAACGCUUCUUGGAAAUGCACAGCAAGAAAGUGGUUUGUCAGUAUUGUCGUCGUCAGUUUAUCAGUGUGGCCCAUCUGAACGACCACUUGCAGGUGCACUGUGGUGUCAAGCCCUACAUUUGCAUACAACUUCAUUGCAAAGCCAGUUUCAACUCUAAUGCAGAGCUUCUCGUGCAUAGUAAGGAACAUGCUUCUUUUAAGGCGAAGUGCAUGUUCCCUGGCUGUGGAAAGAUUUUUCAUGAGGCUUACAUGCUUUAUGACCAUGAAGCUCAGCAUUACAAAACAUUUACGUGCAAAGUUCCUGGUUGCGGGAAACUAUUUCACUCGCAGGCCCAGUUGGAUGAACACCAGGAAGAGCAUGUCCAGAAGGAGGAGGAAAAUGAGCUCCCCGACAGCCACACUACUGCUCAGGCCAGUCAUAGUAGCUCUACUACACAACAACUUUCAGAUCAUGCUAGCCCUGUUGGGCAGCACCACCAUGACAACGAGCUGACUCAAUCCCAAGACACUUCCCAGUCCAGCACAGCAGAGGAUGCCUCCCUUCAGUCCCUAGAACCUUUGAAGGUGAAGCACUCAAUUGAGAGCAUACUAAAUCAUUUCGACUCCAUCCCCACACAUCAUCCUCUUGGAGUUAAAUCUGAGCCCCCAGAUCAGGAACAUUACCCCUUACAGCAGGUCCCUUACCCAGAUGCACCCAUGAAUCAGCCCAUCAUGGAUGUCCAUCCUUCACAUCUGAACCAGUCUAGACCAGAGGAACCUCAUUCAGGGCCAUUCAUGUAUGAUCAGAUCCAAAGUGUACCAAAUAUCAUAAUGCCCACAACCACUUCAUAUCACGGUGCUGUUGAAGACUUUCAACAAGCUCCUCUCCCUGAUAUUUUACAGGGCCAUCCUCAACCUUUCACACACCAACCUUUUACUUCCCAAAGUCAAGUGCACAGACCUCACAAUCCUGACAUCAGCAGACAGAUUCCGGCACCGUAUCAGAGUAUGUCAGCUAAUCACAUGCCCUCUGUGGGCCAUGCUCCUAAUUCUGUUGCAGUGUUGACAGGAAAUCUCCCACCAGCUUCCCAGGCUCUUCCUGCACGAAUGGCUCCUCAGCCUCUCAAUGGACAUUGUACAGUCAACCAAAUGGUGCCUCCUCCUGGCACCAAUGGUCAGACCCAGCCAGAGGGAGAGAAGGAGAGACACUGCUGUGCAUUCGAGUCGUGCAGUCGAACUUACAGCUCAUACAGGAGUGUAACCAAACACAUGAAGGCAGUGCAUCCAGAUUUUUAUGUUCAAUGGAAGCUCGAAAAGAAGAACAAUAGGGUUUCCACAGUUCUGUCAAGAGGCUUUGCAGUCAAUGCUAAGUCGAAUUCUUUGCCUCCCUCACACCAACAAGAUGGUAACAGAAUUCCUCUUCCACCUCAGCAGAUAAGAAAUGCACUUGGUCAACCCCUAACUUAUCCCACUCCUUGCCAGAGCUCGAAUGGCCCUACUGCGUCUUCUCAUUCAGUGCCACUGUCAGGUCAAGCUCUGGCUGAAGAAAUGGAGAACCUUUUGAACCCCAUCCUGCUCUCCCAGUUGGGGAACUCCUCUAACCAGCUGGCUCCAUUAUCCACAUCAUAUAUUGACACGCCAUGGCAUGCUGCACCUCCAGACACUGUUAGUCAUCAACAGCAAAACCAUUGCACCUCACAAGUAUUAAUGUCAGGCCUACAUGGAGUGCAUAAUAAUUCCUAUCCUUCACAUAUGGACACAGCUGGCCCUAGUCAGAGAACAGACAGCCAUCAUCAAAACAUGGAUCGCUGUUCAUUACAACCCCAUGACAGACUUGCAAGCACCCAUAUGCCACCACAGGUAGGCAACAGUCAGCAAUUAAGUGAUAACAAAACAGGAGAAGGAUUUCACCCCAUAAAUGGUCAGUUCUAUUCUGGAAAUCCAAGUGCAAGGACACAGUUGGAUGCAAUGGGUCACGUUCAUCAGUCAAACAUGGAGGGGGCAAACAACUCCUUGCUGUCGUCAAACCUGGGCCCAGAUUCUGGCCCUGUGCUGCCCUCGUAUCUGGACAAUCUGAAUAACCCGGUUCUCCCUGAGCAUCAGAAGGUUCCUGUGGCGCCGUACAACCAACAAACACAAACUAAUUCUUUCUCGAAUGUGAAACAUGAGGAAAGAGUUUUGGAAGCGCAGAAUAAAACAAUGCCAGACAACCGUUUGCAAGGCAAUUCUAACCCAUGUGGUGGGAUUGGCAAAGAUUCUCAAGAAGGCUCUGAUAAUGGGGAAACAAAACGAAAGCGAAACAGAAGAACAAAGUGGCCCGCUAUUAUUCGAGAUGGAAAGUUCAUUUGUUGUAGAUGUUUCCGAGAAUUCCCAAGUCCCAAAUCUCUUGGAGGACAUUUGUCAAAACGGUCUCAUUGUAAAGCCUUAGAUGAGACAGACCUAACUGCAGAUUUGCCAUCCUCAUUCCUUGAUUUGCUAAAUUCACCACAUGUUCUGAAUCCACCACAGGCUACCCCAUCUCCACAGUACAAUAUCAGUUUUAAAGAUCAGUCUUUUGAGCCCAUUCCCAAAGGUCCGCUCGAUCCCAAAUUAUUCCCCAAUGUUAGUUUCCCUCAAGCAAACACUAACUCUUAUACCAAUAAUGGUAACCAGAAUGGUGAGGUCUUCAAACAAGUAUUGGAUCACUCAGCUGUCCCUGGUUUAUAUGAGACUCCUGUGCAACAGCAGGCCUUCCAAAACCCCUGUGGUAGCUAUUCGUCAGAUGGACUCUUGCCUGACAAUACAGUAAUUCAACACACGAGGGAUAACCAGCUGAAAACUGACUGUCAGCCUCAUGGAGAGAACUACCUACAGUCUUCUGACUCUCUAUUCGGUGAUGAGUUCUCUGACCCUUUUCUCACUCAAUUGCUAUCUGAAAACCAAUCGCUAUCCUCCCUCAGCAGUCUUCCAGCAGACCACAUUAAUCAAAUACUAAGAGCAGAAACUCUUAUGAAAAUGAAGGAGAUAAAGGGUAAGACCACCAUCCCUAAUGCAAGUGGUCUUUCAAAUGAUGGGCUCCUGUCAGUGAUGGCCAGUCUGGCACAAAACCUGAUGUCAGACCCACUCCAGCUCAUCACCUCCCCUGACUCUCAGCCUUCAUCUACAACAGUUAGCACUCUAUCAACUGACUCAGAGAAGGACCACGCUGAACAAAAUGUUAAGAAAAGAUUGCGCGAGCAAAUCCUCUCUGGGGGGAUUCACAGAAGAAACAGCUCAUCUCAGACACCUAGUGCUGAGUCCAGCUCCAGCUCAAGAUCCUCCUCAGCAUCUAAUCAAGCAAAAGGAAUCAGUCAGGUUGCUGAGGCCUCUAGUGUGUCUCAGAUGACCUUUCAAAAUCAUGAGAGACUUGAGGUUAAUCAUAAAGGGUUGACGUCUGUACAAGUUCCACCAGUUGAUGCUUCAUCUCCUCUGCAGAAUUGUCCUCAACCUAAGGUUGGGGUUAUACAAACCCAUGGGGUACCCUCUGCCCAAAGUGUUGUGACAGAGACAGACUUCAAACAACAUCCCCCCCACUCUGAAGGCCCAUUUGAUGUCAUGUUUGAAGUUCAGAGAUGUUUUGAAAGAAUGGACUUGGAUAGAGAAGACAGCCACACUUUAGACACUGUGGAAUCUAAGUCUUCCAUUGAGCCUGUUGGCAAUAACAUCACUAAUAGUUUAGAUUCAAGUUUUAUAGCUGCUGGUGAUAAAGGUUUGCAGGUCCCCAAUGACUUCCAAAAACCAUUUGCCUGUGCUGUCACAGACUGCCAGUAUAAAGCUAUGACAAAAGAUGCACUUUUUAAACACUUCAUCAAGAACCAUAACUACACUGAAGAGAUGUUAAACCAGGUUAAGAAAAGCUUGAAAUUUGCUCCAUUCAGCUGUCAAAUGUGCAGCAAGACGUUCACUCGUAAUUCAAAUCUCCGGGCUCAUUGUCAAGUAGCGCACAGUCUCUCACAGGAGGAAAUGAUUAAACUUAAAAUAAAGCGUCAGUAUAACAAAAGAAUGGAGGGUGCUGAUGCACUGACCUCUUUUCCCAUUCAGAACCCUUCUGCAUUAGGACAAGGGUAUCAGCAGAGUCACUGUCCUCCUCUGCUUAACCCAUUGGCUGAAUUGGAGAAAAUCAAACCAGAGUGUCUUUCAGCUCCAUUCGCACAUGCUACUGCGCCAAGCACAGCCAUCUUGGAUUUAAUGCAGGAGAAGAUUGGCCCAAUUGGUCCACACUUUGCGCAACAAAUUACAGCCAGUCAGACAGUCACACAGACAGCUCCAGAGUCUGAAGCAACCUUUACUGGACAGUUCCCAGUACAUAAUAUAAAGGUCGAGCAGCAGUCAACUAGAGACCAGUUCCCUGCACACAAUCAGCUCUUUCAUGGCUCGCAAGGCAGAGGGACACUACCAAGAGAAUCUCCACAUCUGGUCCCAUCUUCCUCGGCACCUCCCUUGGCUUCCUGUGCUGCUCAGUCUCCAGAGAAGAAACCCAAAGCUGUGAAACUAAGAGUGGCAAAGUCAAGAACAGACACUCCUAAAAAGGCCAAAGAGAAGAAGCCAGAGGCAGAGGAUGUGUUCAGCCCGUACAGGCCUUAUCGGUGUGUCCAUCAGGGGUGUGUGGCAGCCUUUACCAUUCAGCAGAACUUAAUCCUUCACUACAGAGCUGUUCAUCAGUCGUCCUUACCCCAAUUUGAAAUUAACAAUGAAGACGAAGAUGAUGAUGAAGAAGAAGGCGAUGGAGAAGAUGAAGAGCAGGAAGAUGGCGAGCCAGAGGGUGAGGUAACACCGGUCACAGAAUUCAGAUGUCAGGUUAAAGACUGCUCUAGAAUUUUUCAGGAGGUGACGAGUCUACUACAACACUACCUCCAGCUCCAUAAAUUCAAAUUGGACAAAGCAGGUGCUUUCCUGUCUAGCAUAAACUUGGGCAGGUUUCAGUGUGACCAGCCUGGAUGCACCACAUCUUUUACAGCUUUCUGGAAAUAUAUUGCCCAUAUCGACAAAGAUCACAAGGAAACUAAAAUGGCAAAGGCCGAGUCUGUAGAAGGUAUGUUUAGAUGUGAGGUUGAAGGCUGUGACUGUGCAUACACCACCCGGUCUAAUCUGUUGCGCCACACCAUGAAAAAGCACCAAGACCUUUAUAAAGUCCAGCUCAUGAAUCAACGGAAGAUUGAUGAACGAGUUAGGCCAAUUUCCAGAAAGUCCCAGUACAGUGAUUCUGAUGGAAAAGAAAAUAUUGAGAACAACAAGAAAGUAGCUCAGAAGGGUAGUGACAAAAAAAGAAAGGAUUCACAAGAGAACCACUGGACCCAAUACGGCAAGCCAUCUUUGAAAGGGAAGGAGGAGGCCGCUGCCAUGUGUACAAAGAGAUUUCCCUUGCAGUAUCCAUGUAUGAUAAAAGGCUGUGAGUCAGUGAUGAGCUCUGAAAGAAAUGUCAUGAAGCAUUAUGUCAAGCAUGGUCUAUCUGACAAAUACUUAGAAGAGCAGAGGAGCCACUUCAUUUUCUGCAAGAAAAUCCCUCGAUCCAGAAUCCGACGCAGUUCAACCAGAAGCGACGACACCGAGGAAUCGGAGGACGGUUUUCCAGAGAGCUCUGACAAUGAAGACACAGGUCCAGACGCAACUGGUUCUGAUUUUUCAAAGCCCAUGUCCGAGAAAGAGAGCACAGAGGACCCUGAAUUCUCAGACGCUAAGGGGACCACCGAUGGUUCCGACUCCUCAGUGGCGGUGAAACGCAAAAGGGGACGCCCACGGAAGUCCGAGCGGCGGCAAAUUAAAGGGCGAAGGACAAGUGGUAGGUUACGAACAAGGAAUCACUCUGUUAAUUAUGCUGACACUGGCUCAGACUCAAACAUCUCAAGCCCUGUCCCGGCAACUGAGGACAAUGCAGAGCAGGUUGCAGCUAUAAGCUCGUUCAAACCUAUGGGCUUUGAGGUGUCUUUCCUUAAGUUUUUAGAGAAGUCGUCCAAUGGCUCUCCCAAAAGGCGGGCUAGUGAUGACUCUCUGAGUAACCUUCCAUUGAAACGAACGUCCAGCAUUCACCUGAAACAUGCCACUGUCCUGUGCAAACGAACUGACGCUAGCAACUAUUAUAAAGACAUUCAAAGCUACGUGGAGUUUAGAAAUCCCGAGAAGCUGACCGCACUCGGGAGUGUAACAUUUGCAAUAGACAAAUCUUUCGCAGGUGUGGCAGAUCUUUUGCUGAAGCAGCUUCACGAAAUGCGGCCCACUGUCAUUCUUCAGAAAUAGCUCAAAGCUCACAGUGACUGACUGAAUGUCUUCAAUAUGAAAUCAGUACUCAGGAUUUGGACAAUGACAAAUGUGCUGCUGAUUGGUGCCCAUAAACAAUAAUACUGUUUUAAAUGUUCCCAUCAUUGUGAAUCAACCUGUGCUAUUUGGCCUAAUCAUGUUAAUGUGUAUUGGGAUGUUUGAAUACUUUUAAUUAUGGACAUUCAAUCACUAAAAUGGAUCAUAGAUUAAUUUGAUAUUUAAUCAGGCACUGUAGUUACUGGAUUUACUCUAGAUAUGUAAUGUAAAGCAUGUUUUUGUUUUUUACUCUCUGCACAUUUUGUUGCCUUGGUAAUAUGGAGAUCAUUCGGUUUCAAUAACUCGUUACCUUGUCCAACCCCUUUUGGAUUUAAAAAUUGUAUGGUGUACAAAUUGGGCUCUGUGGUACUCUGUAUAGGUACUUAGGUGGUUCUUGUUGAAUAAUCCAUGUAAAUGUAUAAUUGUAGAUAGUGCUCUGUGUCCAUGUGUACAUAUUGGCUAUGAGACCACUGCAUCCACCAGCAGUCUGUAAUAUGAAGAAAAAAAAAAAUUGAAUUUAUUACAUCCUGCAUUUGGUACCCCUGUGUUCACUUGUGUCAACACAACAGAUGUCCAUCUUGUACAAGCCUUUAUUUUUAUGGUCUUUUGCCUUCCUCGAAAUGAAGAUGUCUUAAAACAUUUGUUCAAGUAUCACUCGGUUGUUGUCAUUUUUCUGUACUUCCGUCUGGUGCAGUUGCAGAAUAUUGUCCUGAGUUGAAGUAUAUGGCACUGUCAUGCUCUCUUAUUUAUCACCCAAAUGGCAAUACACCAGCAUUUUUAUAUAUUCCUGAAGACUGUGGUGGUUUAUUUUUUAUUUUAAUCAAAUGGUUCCAUUUGUAUAUGUAUAACAGUACACACUGGAUGCUUUAUUUCAGAGAUCUUUAUUAUGUAUAAAAAGGUUUCAAAGAA